CUCCCAAAAGCCAAACAGCAGACAGUUGAUGCUGAAUCAGAGCCAGGAGAUGAUGGGGUACACAAACAGAGCCACUACUGGUGCCACUCCAGGUACGACGACGACCACCACCACGACAAGCACCACCAACACCACCAACCAGGUACCUGGUGUGAUGUUCUGUAUGCAGUCGCCCCAGUUUCCCCUGGGGAGACAGUUCCCUUGUGAAGCUUGUGAUCAAGUAUUUCCGCUCUACGACCAGUUGAAGCGACACCGGCAGUCGUCGCAUCCAUCAGCGUCAUCACUAAAAACAUUUACCUGUAACAUAUGCGAGAAGGUGUUCUCGCAGAAGAUGUCGUUAAUCAACCACCAGAGAAUUCACACCGGAGCAAAGCCGUUCUCGUGUGACCAGUGUCCUAAGUCGUUUUCCCAGGUGUCCAGUCUUCGCUGCCACAGUCGCACUCACACGGGGGAGAAACCGUUUAAGUGCUCUGUGUGUAACAAAUCGUUUAGUCAGAAGGGAAACCUGCAGGUGCACAUGCGCCGCCACACGGGCGACAAGCCGUUUGCAUGCAGUGUGUGCAUGCGGGCAUUCAGCCAGAAAGGGAACCUACAGACCCACAUGAAGCGCCAUGUGAACGACAAACCGCUCAGCUGCAAUCUGUGCGGCAAAGUCUACAUGUACAAAUCGUUGCUCAAAUGCCAUGAAAAGACGCAUCUCGUCGAACAAAUGGCUGCCGGCGCAAACAGCAGUUACAACAACAACAACAACCACAACAAUAACGACAACAACAACAACAGUAACAAUAACAACAGCAACAACAACAGCAACACCCACCACCCUCAUCAACAGCAACACCACCAUCACCACCAGCAACAACAACAACAACAACAACAUGCACAUAACCCGCAGCCCCAUCACCACCCCCAGCAUCAUCAUCAUCCGCAUCAUAACAACACUGGAAACAACAACAAUAACAGCUACAAUAACAACAACAACACUAGCAACAGUAAAAUGUUGGACAAUGAAAUGGUAUAUAAACAACUUUGAACUGGUCGAAACCGGUCAGAACUGAACUGGAAAUCUUCUAGAAGAUAGUGGACUAUGGCUGGGAAUCUCUCCCUGACUAGAAAAACAUGCAAUAGGUACUUGUCACACCUUAUAUAUAUAUAUGUAUAUAUAUAUAUAUGUAUAUAUAUAUAUAUAUAUAUAUAUACACAUGCAUGUGUGUGUAUGUAUAUCUGUAUAUCUGUAUAGAUAUGUAUACACACACGUAUAUAUAUGCAUACAUAUAAUAUAUAUAUAUAUAUAUAUAUAUAUAUACAUACAUUCUAUUUAUGUGUAUUAUAUAUAUAUGCAUACAUGUAUGUAUAUGUAAAUGGAAUAUCCAUACACAUACAUCUAUCGAUAUAUAGAUAUAAAUUGUAUGUACAUAUAGAUUAUACACACACCUACAUAUAUCUAUCUGUAACAGACAUAGAUACAGAUACGUUAUAUAUUAUAUUUUUAUUUAUUUGAUAUCACGUUUGAUAAACAAUCUCACUGUUGGCAACAGGUUACCAACUGACCAAUCAUUGGUUCACAGCAUUUCGGAUGGUGACAGAGCAAGGACAACAACAACUGAAGCAACACCAGACUGAGAUUUUCAUAGCUUUCAUAAACAUGUAACACACACAUGCGCACGCAUGCAUGUGCACGUGCAUGCACACAUAUGUAUGUGUGUCUAAUAAGAGUUUGACCUCAGUUCCACAUUACUUAGAGUUUUAUGGAUGUAGGAUAUGUCCACCUUGUCAGAUAUAACUCCAACCAAAUGUGUAGAGUGCCACUUCCUUUGGUUUGUUCACUCAAAUGUGUAUGUGUGUGUGUGUGUGUGUGGAUAUGUAGGUACACAGG